AUGAAGGCAUUACUGCUUUUGAUCGUUUUGUUUGCGUACCUGACGCGCGUAAGAGGUGCAAAAACGGAAAAGAUGGUUGUUAUUUUAACCAGCGUUGAAGCUACGAGCAAUCCGAGGUAUUUAAAUUCCACUGUAACGCUCAGGCGGUACAAUGCCGCUCCCUACUCAGCGUUCAAUUUGUCACUUAUCGUGCUGCAGAAGUUCUAUGCACUUACGCUCCAGGCCAGCUACUAUGUACGUAUCGGUAAGUCAGAUAACAUACUUUACAACAGUAAAAUCGAUUUGUGCGAUUUUUUACUUCGACCCAACGAGCGUUUGGUGAAGAUGGUGUUCGAUAACCUGAAGCGUCACGGACAAAUACCAGCGAGCUGCCCGGUGCAGCCUAGAAGAGUCUUAUUUACGAAUGUCACACUGAGCCACGUCAAUCUGCCAAUGUAUCUGCCCGAAACAAACUUCCAGCUGGUGGUUAAAUGCUGGCAUGGUACCGAGAAGAUUUUAAUAUUCGACAGUCGCUGGAACGGUCGGUUGAAAAAAUUUACCAUUAGUGAUUAA